GUGGACUCUUUACUUCCUGGAGCUUCUCGUCCAACAUCUGAAUGGGGCGGAGUCCCUUGAUGCUUUUUGCAUGUUCUCUGAUCUUGCCUGCUCCAACUUCUGCAUUUAAACAUUACCACAUUGGGCACAGUGAGUUCCUGUCUCAUGGAAGGGAGAAAUCUACUCCAAAGAUGAUAAAAUUGUAAAGAAGACAUGAAGAUAUGAUGAAUACUAUCUUCCCUUCAGCUUUUAUAGAUAUUAAUAAGAUCACUUCUGUAACUACAUCACCAGCCUAUUGCACUAGCCAUGAUGUCGAGGUCACGACAGCCUCCCCUUGUGACAGGCAUCUCUCCAAAUGAAGGGAUCCCAUGGACGAAGGUCACAAUUCGAGGGGAAUACCUGGGCACUGGCCCCACCGACUUAAUAGGCCUGACCAUUUGUGGGCACAACUGCCUCCUGACGGCAGAGUGGAUGUCUCCAAGUAAAAUAGUGUGUCGAGUGGGACAAGCCAAAAAUGACAAAGGGGACAUCAUCGUCACGACCAAGUCAGGUGGCAAAGGAACCUCGACAGUCUCUUUCAAGCUGCUCAAACCUGAAAAAAUAGGCAUUUUGGAUCAGUCUGCUGUGUGGGUGGAUGAAAUGAAUUAUUAUGAUAUGCGCACCGACAGGAAUAAGGGAAUCCCUCCUUUGUCCCUCCGUCCUGUGAAUCCCCUUGGUGUUGAAAUUGAAAAAAGUAAAUUUCCCCAGAAGGACUUAGAAAUGCUGUUCCAUGGGAUGAGUGCUGACUUCACAAGCGAGAACUUCUCAGCUGCCUGGUAUCUGAUAGAGAAUCACUCAGGCGCCAGUUUUGAGCAGCUCAAGAUGGCAGUGACCAACCUGAAGAGGCAGGCCAACAAGAAGAGUGAGGGCAGCCUGGCCUGCGUGAAGGGGGGGCUCAGCACAUUCUUCGAGGCUCAGGAUGCCCUCUCAGCCAUCCAUCAAAAACUAGAAGCGGAUGGAACGGAAAAAGUGGAAGGAUCCAUGACGCAGAAACUGGAGAAUGUUCUGAACAGAGCAAGUAAUACUGCAGACACAUUGUUUCAAGAAGUGUUAGGUCGAAAGGACAAGGCAGAUUCCACAAGAAAUGCACUCAAUGUACUUCAGCGAUUUAAGUUUCUCUUCAACCUUCCUCUAAAUAUUGAAAGGAAUAUUCAAAAGGGUGAUUAUGAUGUGGUUAUUAAUGAUUAUGAAAAGGCCAAAUCUCUCUUUGGGAAAACGGAGGUGCAAGUUUUCAAGAAAUAUUAUGCCGAAGUAGAAACACGUAUUGAAGCUUUACAAGAAUUACUUCUUGAUAAAUUGCUUGAGACGCCAUCAACCUUACAUGAUCAGAAACGUUACAUAAGGUAUCUGUCUGACCUUCAUGCCGCCGGCGACCCCGCGUGGCAGUGCAUCGGAGCCCAGCACAAGUGGAUCCUCCAGCUCAUGCACAGCUGCAAGGAGGGCUAUGUGAAGGACCUGAAAGGUAACGCCGGCCUGCACAGUCCCCUGCUGGACCUGGAGAGUGACGCGCGCCCCUCCGUGCUGGGCCAUGUGGGCCAGACAGCCUCGCUGAAGAGGGGCAGCAGCUUUCAGUCCGGGCGCGAGGACACAUGGAGAUACAAAACUCCCCACAGGGUGGCAUUUGUUGAAAAAUUGACCAAGCUUGUUUUAAGUCAGCUACCUAACUUCUGGAAACUCUGGAUUUCCUAUGUCAAUGGGAGCCUUUUCAGCGAGACUGCCGAGAAGUCAGGCCAGAUUGAAAGAUCAAAGAACGUAAGACAGAGGCAGACUGAUUUCAAGAAGAUGAUCCAAGAAGUCAUGCAUUCCCUGGUGAAGCUGGUACGUGGAGCCCUGCUGCCCCUCAGCAUGCGGGAGGCGGAGGCCUGGCAGUAUGGGGGCUGGGAGGUCAAGGCUGAGCUCUCCGGCCAGUGGCUCACCCAUGUCAUCCAGACCCUGCGGCUCACUUACGAGUCCCUGACUGCCCUGGAAAUCCCUAACGAGCUGCUACAGACGAUCCAAGACCUCAUUCUGGACCUCCGCGUGCGCUGUGUGAUGGUCACACUGCAGCACACUGCAGAAGAAAUAAAACGAUUAGCUGAAAAAGAGGACUGGAUUGUUGAUAAUGAAGGACUGACUUCCCUCCCAUGUCAGUUUGAACAGUGUGUUUCACAUUCACUGCAGUCGCUGAAAGGUGUUUUAGAGUGCAAGCCCGGAGAAGCCAGCGUCUUUCAACAGCCUAAAACACAGGAGGACGUUUGCCAGCUAAGCAUCAGCAUCAUGCAGGUUUUUAUAUACUGCCUGGAACAGUUGAGCACCAAGCCUGAUGCAGACGUAGAUACCACACAUCUCUCGGGGGAUGUCUCUUCUCCUGAUCUGUUUGGGAGCGUCCAUGAAGACUUUAGUUUGACUUCUGAGCAGCGGCUUCUGAUAGUCCUGAGUAACUGCUGCUAUCUAGAACGGCACACCUUCCUGAAUAUAGCAGAGUACUUUGAAAAGCACAACUUCCAGGGAAUAGAAAAAAUAACCCAGGUUAGCAUGGCCUCACUGAAAGAACUUGACCAAAGACUCUUUGAGAACUACAUUGAACUGAAAGCAGAUCCCAUUGUUGGCUCCUUGGAACCUGGGAUUUAUGCCGGCUACUUCGAUUGGAAAGACUGCCUGCCUCCCACAGGUGUCAGAAACUACUUGAAAGAAGCUCUGGUGAAUGUCAUUGCUGUCCAUGCUGAGGUGUUCACCGUUUCCAAGGAGCUGGUGCCUCGGGUGCUGUCCAAGGUGGUGGAAGCGGUGUCUGAGGAGCUGAGCCGCCUGAUGCAGUGCGUGGCGUCCUUCAGCAGGAACGGGGCCCUGCAGGCGAGACUUGAAAUCUGCGCCUUGAGAGAUACUGUGGCUGUUUACCUGACACCAGAAAGCAGGUCCAGUUUCAAGCAGGCUUUGGAAGCCCUGCCGCAGCUCUCAAGCGGAGCGGAUAAAAAGCUCCUGGAAGAGCUGCUGAACAAGUUCAAGAGCAGCAUGCACUUGCAGCUUGCCUGCUUCCAGGCCGCCUCUUCGCCGCUGAUGAAGAUGUGAGGCCAUAUGGAAAGGGCAGGCCGGCAGCAGGGCCAAGGGGGUCACUGGCCCUGUGCCUUCUGCAGUCUCUCUACCCCUCUGGCUUAACCACAUAGAAAGAUGUUUGGAUAUGUUUUCAUUUCAGCCAUGACCCUCUGGAAAGUGCCCAAGCAGAGGGGAUCUGCGGUGUUCAGCAUGCAUUUUACAGUGUAUGUUUCCUCAGUUGCCUGGUACACAGUUGUGCUGGGAGGGGCCUCGGGGUGGCCUCGGGGCAGUGCUGCCCAGUAGGAAGGCCUUUCCAGGGCCUCGCUCAGCACACUCUCUGUCAGGUUUCCAGACACGUGAAGAGAUUGAUAGGAGAUGUGGAGAGUUGUGUUUAAACAUCUUUGGAGCUUGUCCUAAAUUGUACAGCUGCAUGUAAAAGCUUUCUUUGCAGAAGCCCUAAAUUUCCUAAUUCUAUGGGUUUUAGAAAACUGUGGACUGUGUAAAAAGCUGCUAUCGUUGGAGUAGAUUCUUUGUGGUCCGGAAGUCCUCGAGUCCCCUGUCCUCUGCCGUCUGCCACUCACCUUUCCUGAGCUGAGCACCCAUGACCUGCCCAAUGGACCUGUGGCACCUGUUGUGCAGUGCUGUGUGGGGUGCUGGGUUGCACCCCUUUCCCUCAGAAGCAUCGCCUUACAGAGCUGUGUUUGUGGAGGAGAGUGGCCGGUGCCCAGCCUGAUUCCCUACUGAGGGCCGGCCGGGACCCCCAGCACCCUGCUUCCUCCAUCUGCCCUUUGCUCCCGAAGACGGAGCCGGUUCCACCAUAGCCUCCUCAGACCUCUCCAUGGUUGCACUCAAUGUCACUAUGAAUACUGGUCAUUUUAGGGCACGGCAUUGUUUGGGGCCAGUAAGAGGCACGCCUGUCCCUUUGUAAACGGAAGUGAAGGAUUACUUUUUAGAGAUGCGUCAGAUGGAUGCAGCGUGUCUCUCCUCAGCAUGCUGACCAGUGUCUAGCAGGCCUGUGAUCUAAGUGAAGAAACCGCAACCCUGUACUCCCACAGACAUUGUGCCAAUAGAGCACCCAUCUGUGCUGGAAGAUACAAUUCAGUUGACUUUUCCCCACCAAGUGUCUUUAUUUCAAUAUUCUCAUUGACUGUGUAAUGAUUUAUGUGUCUGGUUUUAACAUUUAAAAUAAAUACUUGCGUUCUGGUUUG